GUGACAGAAAUUACUCCAAUAUAUUUUGAAUAGACGUUCUGUUGUAAGUAUAGAAUUAGAAUGUCGCUUCCCUUGAUAACCUUUGACACAGAGACCCUAAACCCUGGUACUAAUAUCUGGUUAUCGACAUCGAACGCUGUCCGGCAGGCCCUUGAAGACUACGGUUGUUUUGUCGUAUCCACAAACAAAGUCCCUUUGGGUUUACGUCUCAACAUGUUUGAGCUAUCUAAAGACUUGUUUGAUCUACCAACGGAAACAAAGAUUAAGAACACUUCUCAUAUCCUCGGCUUCGGAUAUGGGCAGUACCCCUCGCUGCCUCUUUAUGAAUGUUUGGGCAUCGAGAAUGGAGCUACUAUGGAAGCCAUACAAAGCCUCACCGAUCUCCUCUUUCCUUGUGGGAACAACGCCUUCUGUGAAUGUGCACUUGAGUACAUGAAAUUGCUGUCGGAAAUACAUCUUUGUAUGAUGAGAAUGGUUUUAGAUAGCUAUGGCAUCACAGAAGACAAUGAGCAAUUUGAAAAUGGGUCAUUGUAUUUGGCUAGAUUCAUGAAGUACCGGGCACCCAUUGUGGGGGAAGCAGAAAUAGCUCUUCCCCCUCACUUAGACAAAAGUUUCUUGGGCAUUUUAGACGACAACGGUGUGAAAGGGUUUGAGGUUAGGAUGAAAAACGGAGAGUGGAUCCAUCAUGAGCCGCCAUCACCUUCUUCAACUUUCAUAGUUGUUGCCGGAGAACCCCUCAUGGCAUGGAGUAACGGCAGGAUUAAUGCCCCGCUACAUCAAGUGGCCAUGAGAACCUCAACAAAAGAAGUCGUUAGGUACUCCACGGGGCUAUUCUUAUUCAUGAAGGAGACUAUUCAAGUACCGGAAAAGUUGGUUGACAAUGAACAUCAUUUGCGAUUCGGGCCUUUCAAUAACAUGGAUUUUUUGAAGUAUGCAAGCACGAAGGAGGGGAUGUCAUCUAAAUGCGCCAUUAAAUCCUACUGCGGUGUUAUAACCGAAUCCGAUACCACCAAUGGCAAUAAGCAUAUCUAAUUAAUUAUUGGUAUCAUGAUGUUAUAAUGUAAGAUAUAAUAAUUAUGGGAUCUGUUACAUUCCGUAGAUGACACGAGAGAGAGGGAUAUGAACGAGUAUUCCCCUACGGAUUGUAUAUAUUGGUAAUAAUAAUUGUAAUGGUAAUGGUAAUGGUAAUUAAGAAUUUAAGUAACAUUAUAGCAACAUCAAAGAUUACAAAUGUUGUUUAAA